AUGAUUAACUCAGUUGAUUGUAAUGAUAGGUUCGUACCUAAGAAACCGCUGGCUGACCUUACCCUGAAGAAGAAGUAUACCAUUCCUAAGUUUCGUCAAGUUCAAACGAAGUAUGGUUUCAGUAUUGUGGUUGAGCUGGAAAACCAGUUUGCAUACAUUAGUUCUGGAAACGACCAUGCAGCAUAUAAAUGUGAGGUUGCGCUGCAGGGAAGCUCAGUUGAUCACGGGAAUCCCAAAGCGUUAGAAUGGAAGUACAACAACAACAAAAUUGCUGCUACCACUGCUGCUGCCACUACUGUCACUGCUAUUAAUUUAAUAAAAGGAAAGGUUUUGAAAGUGGCUUCAACACAAACAAUGGUUCCUCCAAUCAUCUUGAAACGAAGAAUCAUCAACGUAAAAGUAUCAGCAGAAAAGGAAAAUAAAAAAAAUAAAACGAAAUUAAAUAUAAUUCUAAAAAUACAGAACGAUCUUUUAUAA